CUGCCACUUAGUCUUCUCGCUAAGUAAGGGUAUAUCCCAGCGAGAGUAGGGGUUUUAUGAAAGGUGAGGAAAACAGAGGAGAUCAUUGUAUCAACAACUAACUCAGCAUAAGGAUUUGAAGUGACCUGAGCCUGUCAAACAGUCUGGUGUUGAAUGGGUCUGCACUGUAGCAGCUGCCGUCAUCUCUUCAUACGUGAUGUGGAUACUGACUCUGCUGACUGAUCCCUCGCUCCCCUGACCUGAGUUCUGCAUGGGAUUUAUUGAGAUACAUAAGACGGUGGACUCCGAGGAUCCAGUUCUGCGGUCUCUUACUCCGCCGAGCUGCUGCAGCGCCGCGCAGGCAGGGAAGACGUGAACAGUCUGUGGCCGAAAAUACCAGAAUACAAGGAUUUAACGAUUUGUUUUGGAGCCAAGCUGUGCUACCGAAAAGCUUUGUCUUCUAUUUGCGCGCCUUCGCCGCCUCGAUAGUUUAAUUAAAGGUCCCAGCGCUCUCCUCCAGGGGUGAUGUGAGUUGAAAUCAACGGGGUAGCCACAGAGGAGCUGUCCGUUCGUCCAGGUGCUGAUGCGGCUGUGACUAACGAGAAUGGCUGCAGGAAAGUUGCUGCUCUAUGCCGGACUCUCGCUGUCUCUUUGCGCCUUGGGUAUGCUGGCCGUGGCAAUGUGUUCCGACCACUGGUAUGAAACAGACGCCCGGAGGUACAGGGAGAGAUGCAGGAGCUUUAACAGUCGCCGCAAAGACCCAGGGUUUAUCUAUAUCCCUAACAACAGCCUGCCUCUGCGCGCUAGCCGAAGCAGCGUGCCCCACUGGGACAAGAAGCUGCUGUUAGCCCGGAGCCGUCGGCAGCUGUUUGCUAUGAGUGCUGCGGAUGAGUGCAGCAGGCAGUACAACUCGACCAACAUGGGGCUGUGGAGGAGAUGUCACCGGCUUGGCUUUGACCAAGACAUGCAAGAUAUCCUCAGGAAAGGAUCCAUUGCAAGGUGCUCCUACAUCAAGUAUCACUAUUCCUCGGCAACAAUACCCAAAAACCUCUCAUACAACAUCACCAAGACGAUAAGGCAGGAUGAGUGGCAUUCCCUCCAUUUGCGGCGAAUGACAGCUGGUUUUAUGGGCAUGGCUGUGGCCAUCAUCUUGUUCGGGUGGAUCAUUGGUGUGCUUGGUUGCUGUUGGGAUCGAGGCCUCAUGCAGUAUGUAGCUGGUCUUCUCUUCCUUAUGGGAGGAACAUUCUGCAUUAUCUCCCUCUGUACCUGUGUUGCUGGCAUCAACUUUGAGCUUUCCCGUUACCCGAGGUAUCUGUAUGGGCUGCCUGAUGACAUUGGCCAUGGCUAUGGCUGGUCCAUGUUCUGUGCCUGGGGCGGCCUGGGCCUUACCCUUAUUGCCGGCUUCUUUUGCACCUUGGCACCCUCCAUCCAGCCCAUACCCAGAUCUACCUGCCCCAAGUCCCGUCAUGAGAAUGGCACUGUCUGCUAAUACAGCAGCUGAGAAAAGGCUCAUCCCACAGUUUCGCAACAGAAAACAAUUUCAUGUGUUUACGUGUCCAUUCAGUCUCCAGUCUCCUGGUUCCGGAUUUUUUUUAUGUAUGUGUGUUUAAAAAUGGGUGUUUUAAUGAUCUGCUAUCUUGAAAAAUUUUAAAAAUUCAAAGACUAAAAAAUGAUUCCCUAAACUUUGAAGUUAUGUUUUUUUUGUUUGUUUGUUUGUUUUGUCAAACAAAAGCAAAGAUGACGCGCAAUGGAAAUGCAAAAUGAGUUGAUGAAAGACAAUAUUUUGGAUAGUGAGUAAUUGUAUUAAGGUUCAUCUCAGCUUCUGAAGGCGAUACACAAUGGCAUUGAACCUGGGAGUUAUAAUACAGCUUACAUUAACUGAUGUGCCAUGAAUAUUCAAGAAGUGAAGGUAAAUCAGUCAGAUCAAGUUGAGUUGAACCAAACAUGAAACCAUGGAAUCAUGUGUUAAAGACUUGUUAACAUUCAGUGUUCCUGCUUCUGAGAGUCCCUCCUAUCACCUGGUACACAGACUAUGGGGAGACCAAGGACCUCCAGUGUUGUACAAUAUGUACAGAAUAUUGCAGAUAAAUGACAACCAGGGAUUGUCAUAUCAGACUAUUUUCAUUAAUGCGUAAGUGCACUCCAUUCGAUCAAAUUAUAUCAUUCAUCAUUUAACAUUUUAUACAUGUGGUUAUCCUAUAUUCAAAGUGCAUUUUAGUUUUUUUCUCUAAUUCCUUCAUGUUAUGAAUGAAUUGUUCACUGAGCAAAUGUGGUAUUUUUCCGUUGUAAUUACAGUAUAUAGGUAAAUGUGUGAGCAUGUAUGAGGAGAAGUUAUUUUCAGUUUUGUGAGAAAUUUUUGAAAAGGUCUUGACAAAGCAGAGUGCUUUCUUGGUGAAAUACUGUACAGACACAGAUGCUUUGAUAAACUAUAGGAGAUAAUGCCAAUAUGCAGUACAACUCAGUUGAUGUCUGCAUUGUCAUCUUUUUUGGAAGUUUCCAAACAACACUGGCAAACAGUGAACCUCUAUUUGAAGUGUAAGCAAGCAUUCAACCAUGUACUUUGCUGCCCAGAAGGAUGGUGGAAAGCUUAAUGUCAUGCAUGUGAUGACAGCAGGCAUUUGUGAAUGUUUACCGCUUUUUAGAACAUAUGUACAGGUUUUUCAGUGUUUCACCCACAGUUGAAACCUGGCAGGACUUUUUGAGGUGAAAUAUUUCUAUAAACAUCACCAAGAAUGAGCAUAUUGCGAAAGUACAGUAGUUUACUCUGCAAAUCAUGACAGAAGUCACAGAUGCAAACACAAUUUGAACUUUCAAUUGUGGCACAAAUAAUCAAAAGUGGCAAGUCAAGUCAAAAGGCUUUAGUAAAUCAUUUUGUCCUAAUUAUUUUUUGCAAGUAAACAGUCAAAACAUAAAAAACAGAACUGACAUCUCUUUGAGAACAAAAUCUGUUAAUUACAGCUUGAAUAUUAAUUUUAACUUAGAAGCACUGGCAAGUAUGUAGAAAUAAAGUAGUUUUCCAAAUUUGGUCUCAGGAAUACCUGGGCUGUUGUGACUCCUUACAUCAUAGCCUGGUUUAGGACUUUGUUUAUGCCAGUUGAUGUACAUCUGGAUAUUGAUCUGGAAAACAAGGCAGUUUUUGAUCAUGUUUAGCUUUGUUACCCAUCCUUUUGGCAGGGUUAAAUUGGUUCAUUUUCAACAUGACCUGAGAUUUUCUUAUUGGAUAUCCACAAUAGUAGUAAUAAAAUAAGAUGAUGCUCAUGAGUAUAUCAAUUAGCAUAUACUUUACACUGUUGUCAGAAUUCAUCUUCACUGUCAAUAUUGUGUCUUCUCAUCUGACCAAUAAUAUUUCAUGACCUAUUAGACAGUGUUCCAAGAUCUUGGCAUUUUGGAUAAAACUACAAAAUAAGUUGAAUAAACCAAAGUUUUAUUUUAACAACCAAACCUCAGAGCUUUCGGGUGUCAUAUAUAACACAUUGGAGUUAAGAUUUCCAAUCACAUACUGCACAGGACCUGACAAACGUCUUGUCGCUCUCUAUUUUGUAGAAACACCUGCUAUUAACCUGACAUUUAAUUAAUCACCAAUUGGUGUUAGAAAUAGCUCAUGUUUAAAGCUAAAACCUUUCCAAAUGAUGUUUAAUGCACUGAAAUAAAUCGGUUUCACUGAGAAAAGAUCAUUUAAUCAAGACAGAAAGGUCUAAAUCUGGCAAGAUAAUUUUUUGUCGCCUAUUCAACAACUUUACAGCAAAUACCAAAAUAUGUCAGCAAGUAGUGGUGCUGUGAGUUCCACAUUUAAUAUCUUGUAUGACUUCCAUGUGUUUGAAGGUCUACAUCCAUGCGGUUUGGCAAGGAUUCAUACAAUUUAUUGAUGAAGACAUCAGGAACAGCAAAGAAAGCAGUCUUGCAUGCCUCCCAAUAUUCUUUGGUUUCGUCUUUCAUGCGUCCUCUUUCAUCCUACCCCACAUAUGCUCAAUGAUGUUCAUGUCUAACGGCUGGGCUGGCCAAUUCUGGAGCAUCUUUUGCCUUGAAGAACUUUGAUGUAGAGAUGGAAGUAUGGGAUGGAGCACCAUCCUGCUGCAGAAUGUGGCCUCCUUUAUGGUCAGGAAUAUAAGAGGUAGCUAAGAUAUCUUUGUAUUUUAGACUAUUGAUGUUGCCUUCCACCCUGCAAAUCUCUCACACACUCCCAUACUGGAUGUAACCCCAGACCAUGAUUUUUUCAGUUUUCUGGGUGAAUCUCGGAUCCAUGAGAGCCAGUAGGUCUCCUGCAAUAUUUGCAGCGAUUGCGGUGUAAUUCAACAGAACAUUCAUCUGAAAAAUCCACCUUCUGCCACUUUUCCAGCGUUCAUCCUUGUAGCAGACUGAUGACCUUGACAAUUGCCACAUGUUUUUUUAAUUGUCUUUUGUUUAGUGCUGGCUUCUGGGCACUGAUUCCACCAUCAAGGGCCAUUUAAAGACAGAAUCAGACAACUGUUUUGGUUGACACAGGGACUUCAAGUGACCAGGUCUCGUGGAGCUGUGCUGCAGUUAAAAAUAGGCUGGCCUUGGAUUUUCAGGCCCACCAACGAACCUCUCGAGCAGUUGUCUUGCGGGGUCUGCCUGACCUGGGCUUGUCAAGAAAGUCCCUUUUUUUUAUCAUCUGUACUUACCCUGAGACACAUUGAAGAUGUCUGCCGUGGAUCUGGUCUUCAGCCUCUUAAUAAUCAACACUUUAGUCUCAGGGUGAAUCUUGUGCAUUUUUGCAGCGGUGUGGGUGCAGUUGAUGUGAAGGUCUAGUGUACCGGGGUUCUUUUUAUACACACCUGAGAUCUUAACAAUCCAUUAUUACUCACAGAUGAAGCUCAUAUGAAAGGCAACAGUUAUGUCUUUGUAAAAAUUUACUCAGUGGCCUUUACAAAGCUAUGAAUAUUACAAUACUUUUUGACAGUUUUGUUUUGCACUGAAACAUUAUUACAAACGCUGUUGGGAUUAAAAUGAGACAUUUCUUGUAAAAGAAAUCUUGAUUAGAAAUAUAUUUCAGCUGCUCUUCAAUAAAUCAAUUUAUAGACAAGUGACUUACAGUAUGUAACAGUCAAAAUCUCUUAAUCUCAUGGGGUUUGAAUCUGGCUUCAUGGAUAAACUAAUAAAUAUGUUAGAGACAAGAUAAAGUUAGAUAAUGGCAAGAAAAGGAAUGUGGGCGCCUUAGGCUUUGAUGGUUUUCUGAUUUCAAUUGUCAUAAAAUGUAAUCUGAUCUUCAUCUAAAUCAACAACACAAAGAAAUCAGUUAUUUCUUCUCUCUAUUGAGAACAACCAAAAAGUAAUUUGUCAUUUGUUUCAGCAUACAUAGAGUCAUAUUGGUUUAGAAGUGUCAACUAGAACUACUUUAAUAAAAACGUUUUGAGUUUGAUCCACACAAAAGGAAUUGCUUAUAUUAUAUGGCCUCUAUCGGGAGUGACCUCUUGAAAUGAUUCUGUUGAAUGCAGAAAAAAGAGCAAGGUAUAUAAGGAAGUUUCCUUGUUUAAUAUAUUAUACUUUCUCAGAUAAAUUAGUUGUGUACUGUACAUCCAUAUUCUAAUACCAUCAUCUUUAGAUAAAACAUUCUCAAUAACACUAAUAAAAUGACACUGUAAAUACUGACAAAUCUUUACAGUAGAUCUAAUAUAGAUAUAUAUUAAAAUUUAAUUUACAUAUAUUGUAUAAAUCCUUGGUGGUGCAGUGUGUUGAGACACAAGGCAUGCCCUGGGAACUAGUGCAAAGUGUCUUACUCACGAACACACUUGCUUUGGUGGGGGUUUGAACGUGAGACCUUCCACAUAGCUGUACACAACAUCCAAUAAAUCCCAGCCAUACACAGAGAAACAAAAACUAAUUUCAUACAUUAGCACAAUACGAUAAAUAAUUUAUUAUCAAAGGUGAAACUCAAUAACAUCCAAAACAAUGAACUGUGUUCAUGAGUUUACAAUAAAUAAAAGACUCACAGACAUGGUGUCUAUGGAAGGACAUCACAAAGGAAGCUGCUGCUUACUAAACAAAGAACAUUGCAGUUUGGAAAUAGCAACAAUUCACACAACAAUCAACACGGCUGUAUCUGCAAAAUGUUGUGUGAACAGAUGAAAGAAGAUGAAUGAAGGGUGAACAUAAAAUGGGGACCCCAUAACAUUCUUCUUGUAAACAUCAUCCCAAGGGUAAAUUGUGGUGCAUGUAAAGAAAGAAGGCUAGACCCCGGUCAGAAAGGCCCUUCUGAAAUACUUGAAUGGAACAAGAAAGACUAGGUUAAUUUACUAUAGCUGAGCUUAUCAUUACAACUUGUUGGUUGUCUAAUUAAUAUCAAGUAAUGCUAUUUAAAAGUGAUUUAUUUUAAACAGCUAAGCUUAUUCCCCAUAGCUGAGCUUAGCACAUGACAUAAAUUUAAGUCUUCUUGCUGUGGUCAACACCUGAGAAAGGCAAAUAGUUUUUGACCAACUCUACAGUAAACCUAUCUAUGGUGGAGAACAGAGUUUUACAUAGUGGUCAUUUAAUCUUUUCAAGGUAAUAAAAACAACUUAGAAGAAGUGGCACGAACAAAGGCAGGACACAUGGUGGACAGCUUCACUCAAAGUGAAUGGCACUGUGUCAGAAGUUGAUAUCAGACAAUCUGACAAUUUCACUUUGGAUGUAAUUGAAGGCACUGACACUAGAGAGAGAGCAAAAGGUAAAAGCCUUUAAGUGCUGCAUAAAGUUACUGAGUGUGGGGCAUGAAAUGAUGACAGGAGGAAAAGUUGACAGGAAGUAAAGCUGAUGAACAUGACAAAAAUAUUUUUCCUAAUUCUUCAGGAUUAUGUGAGAAUGUUUGUAUGUCCGCUGCAAACACUGGAGCAGGUAAACAACAGAAUGUCUUCAGUAAUACAAAAUCUGCCUUUUAAAAUGGUCAGGUCAGAGUUCAAGGUUCACUGCUUGAUUCCACUACCACUAUGGAAUGUUGAAUGAAUGUGUUUAAUAAAAGACAUGAAAGAUCA